UUUUUUGUGAAUUUCAAGAUAUCAAGAAAGGCGGAGAUAUUGUUGUUUUUAACUUAAAAUUAAAGUCAAUGUGUGUAAAACUUAACUAAUUAAAGCGUGAAACGACAAGAAAAAUUUACCAAAAAAAAAAAAAAAGAAACUUUAAAUAAUAUAACAAUCAUUAUUGUUGCUUUAUUUUUCUUCUUAAAGAUAUCGUGAUUGAAAAAUAAAUUUAAAAACAAUUUAUAUAUUUUGUAAACAUUGUUGAAACAAUGCGCGUCAAUAGCAAAUAAUUAGAAAAGUGAGCGAUGCGAGCCCUUUUUUUUUCUUAAUUAAUUUUCAUAAUUUAAAUAAUAUACUCAAUGAUAUUGAGAAAAAAAAAAAGACAAAAACAAUAAAUUUCGAAAUAAACAAAAUUCUUGGGUGAAUUAUAUUUAUGAAAUUAAACUAAAGCGUGCUAAUAACCGACUUUAGGCAUUUAUGGAACGUGAAAAUAUUCAUAAGUAAACAAAAAAUAAAUGCAUAAAUAUAUUUAACAAAAAAAUGAGAGAAUUGAAAAAAAAAACCGAAGAUCAAAUCAUAUCUGACAAAUUAAAAUUAAUAGUCGAUUUUUUUCUUUUCGAAAAAGUUAUUUAAGGAAUUUGUGAAUUUCUUAUCGCGCGAGACCUUGUGCGAGAUAAUAUACGUAAUACUGAAAAGAAAACUUAAAAUACAAUAAAUAAAUUAUUAUAGAAUUUAUGUGAAACUUAAACAUUGCUUGAUAUCUCUAUGUUUAUAUGAAUCUGUAAGCAAAUAAAAAGCGCGCGCUUGAGCUUAAAAGACCUUAUUAAACGCUUCGUUAUGCUAGUGAAAAAUUGAAUAGAAAACACCUUUACUUGUAUGUACGGGCGAUUGAUUUAUUUAUUAUUUGUUUAGUAAUAAAACAAAUAUUUAAUCAAAACAAAGAACCGCAACAACAACAACAACAGCAACAUUUAUGAUUAAUGUAACAAACACUAAAAUGACUUAGUAAAGGGAAAAACAAAAACAAAGACAAAAAAUGAGGAAAAAAUAAGUAAAGUGUAUAGAGGUUUUAAAAAUAAAACAAUGCUCAACAAAAAGUUAUGCAAAAUAAUUAUUUUAAGAUAAAUUAUCUUAAUGUAGAAAGCUCAGAUACAAGAACGACAUCAUAAUCUGAAAAAUUAAUUUAUGCGAAAAAGUUGUAAUGAAUUGUUGUUUAAUUUAAAAAAAAAAAGAAAAAGAAAAGAAAAAUUGAAAAUAUUUAUCCACAUGGAUAAACGGUGGUAAAUAAUGUUUGUUUUAUUUAAAUUUAAUUUGUUUCUAAUUUUUACAAAAAUUUUAAAAGAUUAAUUAAUUGAACUAUUAAUAUGCUAAUGAAGUAAUCAAUGGAUAAAGAGAAACAAAAAAAGCAAAACAACUGAAUUUUAAUGAAUACGUCUCUCGAACACAGAUGGAUGGAAUGAAUCCAUAUUAAAAAAAAACCAGUUGCAGCUUAAAACAAAAAACAAUUUUUUUCUUUUUUUUUUUCAACUCUUCUUUCUUGUAAAGACUAAUCAAAUAAUUUGGAUUAAACACGAUUUGGAAAUGAUGUAACAGACAGACGCCUUUAAUGUUUUCUUUAAAAAAAAAUUAUUCAAAUGAGCCAACUGUCAACCAAAAUAUUCUUGAUAUUAUCGUAACGGCAGAGUUUUUUCGGCAUGAACCUGUGAGAAAAUCGCAAACUCUUGUAUCGCUGCAUUUUAUAAUUAAGCAUGCGCCUCUUUAAAACGCGCAAAUCUAUUGACACUUUUACUACAACACCAACCAACACGCAACAAGCUAUCCCGAUACCGAUACCAAGUCAAAGCUAUUAUCAACAAUCUUCGCAGUUACAAAGUCAUCAUCAUUUUCAGUCGACAACGGCAUUAACAACAUGUACUACAGCCAAAUUUACAAUAAAUGGUUCAUCGUCAACCAUUUCCAGUUCUUUACCCGAUUUGCAUGAUAAUUCGCCCGUUAUGAUUUUAAGUUGUACAAAUUUGAGUACAAGCGGUCUACAGCCGACUCGUUCCGCUACAAAUAACGUGAAUUCUUCAAAUAGCACACCUUUAAACGGUAGUAGUGCGCGUUCAUCACCGCCCCAGCAUUGCAGCGGUAACCUAACCCCGACAUAUUCGCAUCAAUAUGAACGUCACUUUCAAAACCAUUCCGGUAAUAGCGGUCGCCAAACGCCGUCAUCGUUUUCGGUAGCAUCGCUUAAUGGCGCCGUACUCCAGAGACCUGCUAGCGUACAUUUAUUUAAUCAUAUAUCGAAUUCAUUGCUUGCGAACUAUGGCGGCAGUAGCAGUAAUAUUCCAUCUAUGACCGGUCAUUACACUCACGGACAAUAUCAAAAAUUUAACGGAUCCACACAACAAGUUUUAAAUAAUCGUCAAACGGGUGGUUUACUAAGUCAACAUCAUCGCAACACUUCAUCAUCCAGCAAUUGUAUAUAUGAAAAGCAUCAAUCUGGAACAGGCAACGGCAAUUAUUGUAAAAUUAAUAAUCUAAUGGUGACUGCCAAUAGUACACCGAUGACUUUAAUGAAUUCGAACGUUCAAUUACCUGACUAUAAAUUGGUUACCGCUGUACCAGUUGUGGUUUUAGAUGAUGAACAGAAAUCUUCUACGAUACUUGUGUCUGCAAAUAGCAACAACACAUCCAAUACUAAUAGUUUGAUAACAACGGCAGAAACAGCAGCAACAAGAACUUCGAUUAUAACUACAACAACUUCAGCACCGACUACAACUACUACCAGUCCCAGCUCAAGCUCAAGAAAUGUAUUCACUUGGGGCAAACGUAUGAGCCGGAAAUUGGAUAUUUUAAAGCGUAACGAUAACAAUAAUACUCACAAAUCUCAAAGUGAUUUAAGGAGCAUUUUUCAAACACCAACAUUAUCCACCACAAAUGCCAACAACAUAUCGGGUAAUUGCAAAAAAGAUCACACACCCAAAAGCUCUUUGAAGAAAUACAAAUCGGAAUCCGCUGAAACCCUAAAGGCUAAAGAUCAAUCGAUAAAAAAUCAAAGUAAUGGAGUUUCACAGAAAUUCGUUAAUACAAGUACGCAUGGUUUACCACCGAAACCCCAAAAGGUCUUGAAGAAUUUCUUUCAUCGCAUCGGCUCGACUGGUAUGCUGAAUCACAAAUCGCACAAUUUGGUGAAAGCAGCUGAGCCCAAUAAUCAUGCAGUGGCUACAGCAAGUUUGUAUCGCAGUAGUUCUACUAGUCAGCUGGCUAGCUGCUCUUAUGUGAAAUGCGAUGAUCCUAGUGAUGGUUUGAAUUUCGAAAGAAAGAGAUCCGCAGACAACAGUGUAAAAGAAUGUAAAGAAGAUAUAAAAAAUAUGACCGUAGAUAGCGUCAAAUCAAGUAGUUGCGAUGAUAUAGUCAAUGUAAGCAAUAUAGCUAAUGCGACGCCCUCGACUAAUUGUCAUGAUUUGGUUACAUCUCAAACUGGCUCAGAUUCCACGGCCAAUAGAAGAGGUGCUUUCCCUUAUGCUUUCCUGCGCUCCCGACUAUCGGUUUUACCCGAAGAGAACAACGGUUCCGUAGUAAAACAACCAUCGUUGCUAAGUCUUCAUACUCUCACUAGCGAUCUCACUUUGCAAAGAGAUCAGUUUUUACAAGCCUCCUCUUCCGCACCAUCACCGCAACUGAAACAUCGUAAAUCAACAAUUUUGCCAGCAGUAGGCUCUGAUGAUCCGAUAAUGACUGAUAACCUAUCGAUUGUUGGUUCUACGUCAACUAACUGCGGCAAACUGAUUUAUAGGAAUGACUUAUUAAACGGCAAACGUUAUUCUUCCGAUGACAGUGCUAUUAGCAACUGCUCUCCGCCAUCCAAAACAUCAUUGGUUAUGACGCAAAUGUCCAACGCAAGUGUGGGCAGCGGCGUUGACGUUUCACGGAACGAUAGCGUCACUUCUAAGGACUGGGAACCGCUUUACCAAAGAUUAAGUAGUUGUCUAAGUUCAAACGAAUCGGGUUAUGAUAGUGAUGGUGGUAACAACGCUAAUACAGCACGCCUGAGUAAUGGUCUUAGUGUCUCGAGUGGAGAUACAGAAUCAAUUGCUUCGGGUACUCUGAAAAGAAAUUCUCUGAUAUCGCUAACUUCUUCAGAGGGUAUGGGCGGUAGUGGCGGAAACGGCAUAAGAUCAAACAGUAUUUGCAGUACACUAAGCGGUCCUGUUUCUUUGGGUGGCUACAAUUACGACUACGAAACGGAAACUAUUCGCCGACGUUUCAGGCAAAUAAAAUUGGAGCGCAGAUGCCAAGAGGACUGCAUAGGUGUUGUGCUUUCUCCGAAAACGGUGCAAACUGUUAACAAUGAACCGCAAUUCCGCUAUUUGAUUGUCGAAAUUGAACCUUACGGUAUGGCUCAAAAAGAUGGCCGCCUGCGUUUGGGAGACGAGAUAGUUAAUGUUAACGGCAAUCACUUGCGGGGCAUACAGUCUUUCCAAGAAGUUCAACGACUGCUUAACACGUUUGUGGACAAUUGUAUGAUUCUGGUGAUUGCGCACGACGAAGUUACCACCAUUACUGAUUUUUGCACGAAAAUCAAAAUUGAUGGUUCUCUGAAUGCACGACAAGAACAAAAUAUCGAUCUAGAAAGAAGGGAAAAUAAUGUUCCUUUACCUCCCCAAGGUCGUAACGACUACUUGGCAAGGGCGCGUAAACGUUUAAGUUAUGCGAAUAGAGCUCAAAGUACCGACAGCUUGAAUAGUUUUAAUUUGCAUAGUUUACAAAUGGCAUUGGAGGAUCUAAAUGGCGAUGGACAGGAGAACUAUGAUAGACGUUCCUUGACUAGCACAACUGCUCUAAGUUCUACAGUCGAAAGCUCUGGGGAAGCAAUGAGUAUGCCGCCUUCUAUGCCAUUGAUGCAACAUCGGCGUUGCUCAACGCCACGACACUCGACGGAUGCCACUACAAUGGAGCGUAUAUUUCGAAGAGCACGUUCUUCCUCAGGUCAGCGUAAUUUGGAUUUAUCAAACACUAAGCUUAACAAUCAAAUUACACACUCAGAGAUAAGUCAGUUACCAGCUUACACUCCUGUCUAUAAUAACCAUCGAUCAUGCAGUGUAGCUUUGGCAACGCACACGAUAAGCGAUGAUGAGAAGUGGCAGUUGUUGCAACAUAGGCGCGCUUCACAAAGCUCCGAAAAGUUGAACGCAUACAGCAGAGCGUCCGCUCUGAAUGCAGAUGAAGACAAAACCAAAGAUACAAGCGAUAAUUCAUUAAAUUUGAGCAACCAUAAGAAUUACUUAUCCAAUCAACUUAGUCAAACAAAUGAUAAGGCGAUCCAAGGACCCUUCCCAGCCCGUACCCAUUAUGCACGCAACUCAGUUAAUCUCUCGAAUUCGCAUUAUCGUUCGUUGCGUUUUGCUCAUUCCCGUCUAAGCUCUUCCAGACUAAGUCUUUUCUUGCAACCUAUUAAUUCGAGUUCUACUGCUUUACCUAAUCACAGUACUAGUCCUAAAAUACCUAACUUUAAUGUUCAUGAGCCUAACAACACUACCAAGACUGCAUCAACUACAAUCACUUUAAAUAUUAAUAAAAAUGAUGCCAUUUGUAAAAGUGACGAUGAUGGUGAAGAAAGAUCUGUUGAAAAGAAUGCAACUCAGACAACAGCUUGUCUGAUUGAUCUCAAUGCAAAAUCAUCAUCACUCACAACACUACGCGAACAGCUACAACCUAACUACACAAGUAAAACUGCUCUAACAUUUAAUAAGUUAACCAUAACACCUGAACAUCAGCAAAAAAGUUUAUAUGUACCUGCCUCGAAUGGUGGCAAGAAUUAUGUUACACUUACACUUAAUUCGUCCUGCGCUUCCUCCUCCUCUCCAUUGGUGACAGGUAUCCCAAACAAGACAAUGCUACAACAUCACCGACCCUCUUUGCCGGUACCUAAACUUUCUCUAAGAGAUGAAGAGAUGGCUGAAGUUAUUAGAGCUUCAAUGAGUGACGGUUCACGACGAGCCUUGCCUAAAACGGUUACUUUCUACAAAGGGCCUGGAAUGAAAUCUUUAGGUUUUAGCAUAGUGGGAGGCCGCGAUUCACCCAAAGGUAACAUGGGUAUUUUCGUGAAGACAGUCUUCCCCAGUGGACAAGCAGCUGAUGAUGGCUCUUUGCAAGCAGGUGAUGAAAUAGUUGAAAUCAAUGAGCAAUCAGUGCAAGAUAUGAGUCAUGCGGAAACCAUAGCUUUGUUCAAAAAUGUUAGAGAAGGAUCGAUUAUGUUAAAAGUUCUCCGAAGGAGACUGCAAAAGGCCAAAUCCAUGGGUCCUUAAACUGCAUAAAUUAGAUAUACUUUAUUUAAUUAUUUUAUUUAAUUAGGCAAAUGAAUACGUGUUAAUACCGACAUAAUAUUAAGUUUGCUUUAAGAUGGAAUAUAUUAAAAAAA